UUGGGACUUCAGCCUUCGCGACUUGCCGCAGAAAUCACCAAACAGAGAACCCAAGAGAGCACAAGCAUGGCAGCAGCAGCAGCAGCAGCAGCGACAGCACCAGCCUCAGAAACCCUAAAAAUGGCUUCAUGGAAGAAAACCAUCUCGUCCCCAUUCCGGAAAGCCCGCACUUUCUUCAACCAGAGCCCCUCCCGAGACAAGAAGCCCCGCCAAGAGCACGGGAAGCGAGUGAACAUGACGAACUUGCAGGGCGACGUGAUGGCCUGCGCUUACGAGGAUGUUCAGGUGAUGUGGUCGAUCCUCGACAAGUCCAAGGCCAUUACAUGUGACUGAACAAGAAAGAUCUCGAAAGAAAGGCUCCAAAAUCUUCGCACUGCCUUGAGCAACCGAUUUCUAUUGUAGAUACAGUGAUCGACCGGUGGUAGUUUUAAGUUUUGUAUUGGGGUGAUGCCCCAGAAAAGGAGGAGAAGAGAAGGUGUUUCUUAUAAGAAGGGUAGAUUUUGAGAGGAGACCCCCUCCAUUGUAAUUUUGAAUUUGGCAGGAAAGGAGUUUAGGAGUGUUUUGGAGCUUGAUUAAGUUGGUAAUUCUUCGUCUUAUUUUUAUUUUUUUUCCUGCUGAGUCAGGUUGUCAUUAUCUCCAUAGGGAAUCCCCAUGAUUAAUGAAAAAUGUCAUGGCGAGAUUUAAUGAAAGUCUCAUUUUUCUAUUAUUGUUCCAUUAUACCA